UAGUCACUGUCACGUAAAAAAAGAAUCUGACUGAUUGAUAUUGACACUUGACACUGCUAACAAGCAAUCAAUCAGUAUCAGAAAAAGCUGUGUUGUGAAAAAUAAAAAAAAUAUAACAGGCAAACAGCAACACGUAAAUUAUAAUACUGUUUUAGAAUAAAAAUAAAAAUAUUUGAUAUAGGAAUUGUAGAAUGAAUAUUUUGAAACAGUGAUGUCUAGAAUUAAAGGUAUUGAAGUUAAAGUUCAAAAAGAAGUGUUACAAACACGCAAAUAUGGCCUCAAUGAGAUCCUUAAAAAGAAAAACGACGAUCAAAAUAAUUCUAAAGAUGCCACAGAAAAGCAUCAGAUAAAAGAGUUGUUGCACAAGCUUCCAAGAUUGGAUAAAAUAUUUGAAGUUCAUCGCAAGAUUGGAGAGGGAACAUUUAGCUCAGUGUACCUGGGCUCGCUGCGGCAGCACGCUGCUCUGCCCGACAGCGAGAAGCGAUGGUUUGCUAUCAAGCACCUGGUGCCCACUGCACAUCCUGCUAGGAUAGAACACGAACUUCGCUGUCUACAAGAUAUUGGAGGCAAAGACCAUGUGAUAGGAGUGGAGUUGUGCCUUCGCAAUUUAGAUACUAUAGUUUUUAUCAUGCCUUACAUACCUCAUAAGAAAUUUUCAGAGUACGUGGGCGAGAUGGACGCGGCUGAGCUGCGACAGUACAUGCGCGCGCUGAUGAUCGCGCUGCGUCACGUGCACUCGUUCGGCGUCAUCCACCGCGACGUCAAGCCCAGCAACUUCCUGUACGACCGCGACAAUCGCCGAUACUUGCUGGUUGAUUUUGGUCUGGCACAACGCCUUUGUCCUGCGCCUGAGGAGACUCCUGCCCCGCCUCCCGCGCACUCCAAUGGCAUACGAAAACGGCCUCGUGAUGAGGAGGAGGCCUCAUCAGCUGCCAAGCGAGUAGCGCUCGACCUCAGCACGGGCGCGCCCGUGGCUUGCGCCGCGCCGCCUGUGCCGCGCUGCGCGUGCGCGGGCGCGGGCGGCGUGUGCGGCGCGUGCUCGGCGCGUCCGCCGCCGCGCUGCGCGUGCGCGGGCGCGGGCGGCGUGUGCGGCGCGUGCUCGGCGCGUCCGCCGCCGCGCUGCGCGUGCGCGGGCGCGGGCGGCGUGUGCGGCGCGUGCUCGGCGCGUCCGCCGCCGCGCGCGCCGCGGGCCGGCACGCAGGGCUUCCGGCCGCCCGAGGUGCUGCUGAAGUACCCGCACCAGACGACUGCGGUGGACGUGUGGGCGGCGGGCGUGGUGCUGGCGAGCGCGCUGACGGCGCGGUACCCGUUCUUUCGCGCCGGGGACGACGUGGCGGCGCUGGCGGAGCUGGCGGACCUGGUGGGCACGGAGCCGCUGCAGCGGGCGGCCGCGGCGCUGGGGCGGCGCGUGGUGACGUCGUCGGCGCGGCGCGGGCUGUGCCUGCGCAAGCUGGCGGCCUGGCUGCGCGGGCAGGGCGCGGGGCAGGCGCGGGGGGCGGGGGCCGAGCCCGGCGCGCCUCUCUGCACGCGAUGUCGGCUACCGCGGAAUCAGUGCCUGUGUCGUGAUGAAAUCAAAAAGGCGGAGGAGUUCAGCGCUGCGCAGUCGGUGGCGGGCUUCCCCGACGCCGCGUUCGCGCUGGCGGCGCGCCUGCUGGACCCCGACCCGCGCUCGCGCAUCUCCGCCGCCGCCGCGCUCGCGCACCCCUUCCUCGCCGACUGAUCAUACAAGAGCUGCCAAAUCAUUCUGAGAAUUAACUAUUGCUGGAAAAGUGACUCCACGUUCGUACUAAACACCAGACGUAGGUACAUGGUGGAGUGGUAGGUUAGUGAGGUUUUUUAUUGUUGCUUAGUUGUAAUGGAGAUCUCAAAGUAAACUUAAGUUUUAUAACAAGUACAAAAUAUAUUAAUACCGACAAGCUGCACGGUAAUCUGUGCACGAACUAUUUAUUUAAUGUUCAUACCAUGUGCCUUUACACUUGUGUUCAGAAGAAUGUUGUUAUGUUACCUCAUUGUAAACAACCUCUAUAUUAAAAUCUAAGUUAAGAAA